GUCCGCUGCUGUUUUGAUGCUUAUGAGGAGCUGAGGGAAGAAGACUCUGACUAAUUAAGCUCACGAAACAGUUUACGAGUUUUCUGUAUGCCGAGAAAUGUUGUACUUCUGGUUCGUGACGCUUUGUGGCCUCUUCUACGCGUUCGUGCCAUCCAUAGCUCGUUGGAUUGUGCACAAACUCUUCAAUGAGAGCGACCAAGAAGUGAAUCUGAAGAAGGAGCUCAGGAAUCUGAUAAAAGAGCGAUCCAGCGUCAACCCAGUGGAAACUUUUGCGGUAUACGCUCGGAUAAACCGCAAGAUAGACCGCGUCCGCGAGAGAUUGGGUGAAAUCAACCAGGACAACUUCAAGUACAUAUACAAGAUACGUCUGAUAGCCACCGUCAUUCUGUACGGUUUGAUCUCCCUGGUGAAUUUCUACCUAAUCUGGAACUACAGGACCGUCCCGUUGCUCAAGGUGCCAUCGAACUGGUUAGAUCCUUUCGGCAAGCUCGCACUCCAGAACGAUACCGGUCUCGGUCUGAUUCCGUGGCUGGUGAUAUCAGCCUCCAUGGGACGCGUAGUGAUGCACAUCUUCAAGAAAGACACUGCCAUUCCACAGAAAGAAGCCACAGCGCCGAAAGCGGAAGCCUCUUAGGGAGCCGAUCUCUCAUGACGACAAUUGAAUCGCUCAUCUAAACUCAUAAAUAU